CCCUACAUAUGUUGCAGUGGCGGACGCAUCCUGACCCUUAAAAAUCUUCAUUUUUUGCAUCUCCUCUAUCUUUCUUUCUAAUGUUCUGAUCAUGGAAUCUCUAGCCGUUUCCCACCGCAGGAUUCCGUCGGGUCUCCGAUUAGCUGCACCGCUCUCGGUGAACUGUAAUGGCAGGAUCUCAAGGUUAAGGUCCAGCUCCUUCACCCCGGUCGGCUCCAGCUCGCGUGCCCUUACUCUUAGAUGCUCGGCUCAGAGGCCUCCGUCAUUAGUCGCCAAUUCGAAAGACUUUUUCGAAGCUUCCAAGAAGGGGAACUUAAUUCCUCUAUACCGAUGCAUAUUCUCUGAUCAUCUGACUCCGGUCCUCGCAUACCGAUGCUUGGUGAAGGAAGAUGAUAGAGAUGCUCCAAGCUUUCUGUUUGAGUCUGUGGAACCUGGUGCGCUGGGUUCCAAUAUUGGGCGGUAUAGUGUGAUUGGAGCUCAGCCAACAAUAGAAAUUGUGGCAAAAGAGAAUAUGGUUACAAUUAUGGACCAUGAGGAAGGGACCAGGACAGAGGAGAUUGUGGAUGAUCCAAUGACUGUUCCACAAAGAAUUAUGGAAGGAUGGAGGCCCCAACUCAUCGAUGAACUUCCAGAAGCAUUUUGUGGUGGGUGGGUUGGUUACUUCUCAUAUGAUACUGUGCGCUUUGUGGAAAGGAAAAAGCUGCCCUUUGCUAGUGCCCCCCCAGAUGACAGGAACCUUCCUGAUGUUCAUCUUGGCCUCUAUGAUGAUGUGAUUGUGUUUGAUCAUGUGCAGAAGAAAGCAUAUGUGAUUCACUGGGUGCGAAUGGAUCGAUAUUCUUCCACUGAGGAGGCAUUCAAUGAUGGAAUAAACCGUCUGGAAACUUUGGUAUCCAGAGUACAUGAUAUAAUUUCCCCAAGGCUUCCUGCAGGUUCAAUAAAGUUAUCCACUCAUCUCUUCGGUCCUGAAUUGGAAAUGUCAAGCAUGACAAGCAAAGAAUACAAGGAGGCAGUAUUGCAGGCUAAAGAACAUAUCCUGGCAGGUGAUAUUUUCCAGAUUGUAUUGAGUCAGCGAUUUGAACGAAGGACCUUUGCGGAUCCAUUUGAAGUUUAUAGGGCACUCAGAAUUGUCAAUCCUAGCCCAUAUAUGACUUAUUUACAGGCUAGAGGGGCUAUCCUGGUUGCUUCGAGCCCAGAAAUUCUUACGCGCGUGAAGAAGAGAACGAUCACUAAUCGACCCCUUGCUGGUACUGUUCGUAGAGGGAAAACACCCAAAGAAGAUUUUAUGCUGGAAAAAGAGCUUUUAAAUGAUGAGAAGCAAUGUGCUGAGCACAUUAUGCUAGUUGACUUGGGAAGGAAUGAUGUUGGAAAGGUCUCCAAACCUGGUUCUGUUAAGGUUGAAAAGCUCAUGAACAUUGAGCGAUAUUCCCAUGUUAUGCACAUAAGCUCAACUGUUACUGGAGAGUUACUUGACAAUUUAACUAGUUGGGAUGCCCUGCGUGCCGCAUUACCUGUUGGGACUGUUAGUGGAGCACCAAAGGUGAAAGCCAUGGAAUUAAUAGAUCAGCUAGAAGUCACAAGGCGUGGGCCAUAUAGUGGUGGAUUUGGAGGCAUUUCUUUUUCCGGCGACAUGGAUAUAGCCCUUGCUCUGAGAACCAUAGUCUUCCCAACGAGUACUCGUUUUGACACCAUGUUCUCAUACAAAGAUGCAAACAAGCGCCGAGAAUGGAUAGCUCACCUCCAGGCUGGGGCUGGAAUCGUGGCAGACAGUGAUCCCACAGAUGAGCAGAGAGAGUGCGAGAAUAAAGCUGCUGCUCUUGCCCGUGCCAUUGAUCUUGCCGAGUCUUCCUUUGUAGAGAAAUGAUAAAGAUUUCAUCCCCCUCGAUGGUUCCAUUGCAAAUAGAGGAAAGUUCCUCGUGUUUGCUUUUGUAUCUUGUGGUUUAAACUGAAAAUCGAAACCAGUUCGUUCUCCUACCUUAUGAAAGCUUCUCUUCAUCCUUCUUUUUGGAAAGACUGAUCACAGGUUUUCUUUCUUGCUGGAACUCUGGAUAGCCAUCACAAUACAGUUUUCGUUUAGAGUUUUUGGUCCCCUUUUUGAUGCAGCAAUGGUGGUGAUGGCCAUAAGAGCACGUCUUUUCUAUUUUCCAGGAUAUAUGUAAUGAUUCUCUACAUAGCAGCAUGUAACUGGAGACCACUAUUAAUGGACUGUUCAGAAAUACAAUUGUUCUUAGAUAUUUUCAUUCUA